CUCAAGGCCCAUUUCCCCAUCUCUAUCAUCGGCGGCGGCGGCUCGAGCAGAGGAAAGGAAGCUUUCUACCCUAGCAGAGAAAAAAAAAAGCAGAGGAGAGGAAGCGGAGGCGACGAUGUCGGCGAUGACGGCGGCGGUGCCCUUCUGGCGCGCGGCGGGGAUGACCUACAUCGGCUACUCCAACGUCUGCGCGGCGCUGGUGCGGAGCUGCCUCAAGGAGCCCUUCAAGACCGAGGUCUCCUCCCGCGAGAAGGUCCACUUCUCCCUCUCCAAGUGGGCCGACGAGAAGCAGCAGAAGCCCACUGUGCGCACAGAUGAUGAAUGAAGAUCGGGUGCCAUGGUGAUGUUUUGAGAAGUUGUUGAUUUAUGGUCAGGGCUUAAGAACUUGAGAAUAAAUUCUUGCGGUGACAAUGGAUCUAUUCCGAUACUAUGUUGUUAUAUUUACUAAUUGCUCCUGUUCUACUUGAUGAACCAUGUGAAACUCUUGUCUUGUGCUGCUCGAGUGAGCGUGUUUUUAUGCAUUAUAUCUUCUGAUGAUUUAA